UUGCUUCUGAUGGUGGGUUUGAUUUCUUCUUUUGGAUAUUAGUAGGUUUUGGGAGGAGUUUUUAAUUUGUGUUUCUAGCUUCUGUAGCUGAUGAUCGUGUGGUUCUGCCGACUAUAGCUUUAAGCAUCUUGAAAAUUGUUCUCCGUUGAGUGAUAAUUUGCACUGACCUUCGUCUUGUGAACUUCAUUGCCUCACAGGUCUCACUUGUAAAGCAAAGUUUGUUAACUUCAAUAAUUUCUUUUGUGGCCAAGAAAUUAGAAGCUUAAUUGAAAUGGCAAAAAGUCUUGUUAAUCAGAGUAGACCAGUUUUUAUACAGUGGAGAAAGACAUUGAAGUUAAUUAGAGUUGAUUUAAGGGUCUCUGUUCUUACUUUUCAUAUCCUGAGCUUUCCCAUUAGUUUUGGUUCCUUCUUUGCUGUUCAUUUGCGUUAAAUCCUCAUCUUCAUUGAGGUAUCACUAUGUUAUGCUCUGUCUUGUAAAAUUCUGAUGAUCUUUGGUUUCUCCUUCUUUUGGUCCUGCUUUGCUGGUUGAUGUUCCAAGGGAUAAUAAUAUCACAGUUUUGUCCCUCAGUUGAGUUUCUUGCAGCAUGCUGAUCACUUAUAUGUUAUGCAUGCUAAGUUAUCCAAAAGCAUAGUCUUGACUUAGUCUUGACAUGCUUUUUCUACGAAGUUAUGAAAUAUUUGGAAUAGCAUGAUUACAUCAAUACAUCUUAUUGGGCUAACUGCUUUAAGAGUGCUUGGCAUUGGAUACUUAGGUAGCAGAUUUUGUCUUAAUUUAUGCAACAUCUGAGCUAGAUAACAAUUAACUGAAAUUGUAUUGGGUCUUAACAAUAACCAAUGGUUUUUGCGUCAUUUGUCAUAUAUUGGGCUGCUGAUAGUUUACAUGGUUGCAGCAUUCAGCCUGCAUUUGAUACGACUUGCGAUUAAAACAUAGUGAUAUUGUCCAACCAAUUCUUUGAGAAUGAUAGACUACUUCCUGCAGCUGAAGUAAUGGAGUCUUUUACAUAUUCCCAAGGGUAUGAGAAGGGUGUUGUUCAGAACCCUAAAUGCUAACAGGGUAUUUCAUGAUGUUUCCUAAUCAUCACCCCGAAACAAUGCUAGGAUCUAUUUCUCUGUUGGGCAGCUAUCUUUUCUAUCACCACCAAUUUUCACUUGCAGCUUCACUACAAGAAAAUGUUAUUUCUCUUGGGCAUGACAAGAAAUGCCUACUCUUUCAUCUUAUUGAUUUUCUCCCUGAUGACACAAGUUGCGGAAUUGAUUACCUGUCUGUUGCUGCAGAUGAUAAUUUGAUUCCAUUCCAUCUCAUCUUCCUUGAAAGCCAGGAAAUUGUUCUUGUUGAGGGCUUGAAACUCGAAGAUGUCCCUGCAGGAGUGUAUACCAUCCAUUAUCCGCCUUUGAGAUUGCUGGGUGCAGAAGGAUCACCUAUAAGAUGCAUCCUCAUCAAAUAACUUAUACAAUUGAGUUUUGUUCUUUUGGAAGGGAAUUAAUUUGACCAUGAUUGCUUUAUCUACGAUUAUCAUCGUCACACAAGAUCGAUUUGUAUCUGCUUGGUUAGCAUAGAGGUGUCAGUUGAAAAUUCUUUGUUGUUUGCGUGACUCUGCAUUUGAUAAUGCCAAGUGCUAACAAGAUUUUAGCUCUUCCAGGAGAGCAGAAGCUUCCCAGAGCGCCAGGUGAGAGAAGUCAUUGCACGCACGUUCUCCUCAGAAUGCAGAUGUUCUUUUGAAGGGAAAGAUUUGCUGAGAAAGUGGAAAUUCAGCGAUCGGGUGAAUAUGUUUAGUUAUUACUAGAGGCAAAACGGAGGCUAUGGUUACAAAAAUAAUGUUACGCAUCCAAAAUAAAACUCGUCUGCAUUUCGAUUACUAAGGCCUU